CUGCAUCUGUACACACACACAGGACGGCGACGUGCGUGUACGUCAUCUGACGGCACAGUGAAGGCAUACUGGAAUACAUUGCCUCACUCGCUCUGCACACAAUAGUUUGUGAAUCGGUUAAAAAUAACACAACUGCGGGAUCGAGCGGUGGAUAUCUCAGUACGGGUCCGCCGAUGCUGCCUGUCACUCGUUAUUUCUGGGAUCGUAGAGAGACCGGUACCCGUCACCCUUCAUCCCGGUAACCACCCACCUCAUCCUCCGUCCAAUUUCCGCAUCCUCCUCCUCAGGAUUUUUGUACCGGAACGGAUAAUAUUUUGGGGGAGAUUGCUACUGUUUGAAUUGUCACGCGAGUUUGGCACGGCGUUUUACGCAUUGCGGUUUUUGCGGCGGGAUGGCGUUCUGGCACGGCUCGUUUGUUUCCGUUCUUCUGUUCCUGCAUUGCCUGUCAUGUCAACCCCUGCGUGGCUCCACCACGUGGGAACGUAAAGAGAGUGGUCAGAAGGGCGUACCCGAAAUUGAAACCAUUGUCCGGAGGGUGGAGCAGACGAGGCGGACAGAUGGAGGAUCGACGCCAUUAUCAACCAAGAAAGGCGAGGUUGUAGUAGACAAGACAGAAACCCGCGUCCUGACGGACCACCAGGUCGUGCAGCCCAACGGGGAAACCACGCAUCUAGAGCACGAGAACGUGGAAACGGUGGAGAAGACCAAGCCAGCGGACGAUCCCGCCGAGGCCGUGCCAGUAGGGGACCUCAGCGAAUCCAACGCGGCAGACCCGCCACCGCAAGAUGACGGCGUCAACGCAGCGGUUCGCAGCGGGGACGAUCCGGACAACGACAUCAGCAAGCAGCAAGAGGCUCCCAUCGCGCAUGACGGGGAGAUUCUACUGGAGGACUGGCAGUUUAUACUAAUCGUCUGUGGCUGCGUAGCUGUCGGUGUACUCGGCAUAGCUGUGGCCUUUUUAUGUUGGUACAAAAUCCAGACCACUGCCAAAGCCCAGAGUGAGGCAGAAUAUCCUGCCUACGGAUUGACGGGUCCCAGCGCACACAUGCCUUCCAAUAUGUCGAACGGUGACCGGAAACUCGCGCAGAGUGCACAGAUGUACCACUACCAACACCAGAAACAGCAGAUGAUCGCCAUGGAGAAGAGGGAAAAGGGUGAGAUGCAACAGAACGCAUCGGAUUACGACUCUGAGGAGGAGAACGAAGAUGGCGACCUGACGGUGUAUGAAUGUCCAGGAUUAGCACCGACGGGCGAGAUGCAAGUCAAGAACCCCCUCUUCAAUGAGGACAGACAUUCGGAGCCCACCCCGGAGACCGAGGAGGAGAAACAAUAAUGAUGAUGCCCUCCAACGGACUACCAGUUACAUUGCCAUGGCAACCGGGGAUCGCAUCUUCUUAAAAAAUAGGAGUACAGUACAUCAUCAUGCUGUUACUGGCGGGGAUCUCAUAUGCGGGUUUUUUUUCACACUGCAGCCAUCUUGGUCUGGAUCCCAGAAGGCCAUGUGUCGAUCAAUGUGGCUUUGAGGCAGCGCAUCGUGGGCACCAGCCUAUCUUGGUGACCUUAUAGAUGACUGACGUGUAAAAGAAAAACAUUUUUCAAAAUCUGUUUUACAUAAAGGUUAUUUCUCCUUUUGAUACACAUAUUAAAGUAUUCACUUCCACGUUCUGGAGAAAAAAAAUGGUCUUAAUUUUCAAUGCAUCGGAGAACGGAUAUUAUUGGUGGUUCAUUCACUUCUCAGUUGCCAUGGUACAUGUAUUUUGGUUUCUUGACAAAAAAAACCUGCGUUUUGUUUUCAACUAGGCAUCAAGUACUUAAUUGUGUUGUGCCGAGCUUGUUUUUAGUUAACAAACAAAAGUAUUAUUUUAAUGAAAAAUCAAAACCACAAAUUGAAGUGAAUCUUGCGUUUAUUUAUGUUGAAGCAAUCAUUUUUGAAAUGCUGCGCUACUUUGCUCUCAAUCGCAGAAGAAGACAAAAUUGGAAAGUGACAAAGCGGAUGAUUGUUGGGACAAUUGUAACUUAUAAAUAUAUUUAUUUUAGCGUAGUCUAAAUUGUAAAAUGCAGUGCAUUUGUCAUUCCUGCACGACUGUUAAGAACAUGGGUUGGAUUUUUAAAAUAGCUGUAAAAAUCUACGUUGGUUUUUAAAAUAAGUUUCCACCCCAAAAAAGCAAUUGUGUUCAACUGUAACAAACAGAAAACGCUCAAAGAUUGUUUUGGGUUUUUUUUCAUUCCAUGAAAGCUAAUCAUGCUGCGUGUAGUGAAUUUUCACUCAGCGAAAUUACAAUUCUCAAAUUUAACUACAAUUAGACAAUUUCGAUUCUGGUUAUAUCGCUUUGAAUGCUGGAUAUAAUUAUUUGAUUCCAAGCACAAACAUAGCUUGUGUUUUUUUCGGCAAAAAAAUUGCUUCACCGAAAGUACAGUACUUCCUUGAAUAUUCCAGCCAGCAUUUUUCAAUGCAGAUACGAUACUGACAAAAUAAGAAGUUUUAAAAAAUUCAGAAAAAAACAUUUUCAGCAUUUGGUUGCCGACGUUCACAAAAAAAACACAAAAUUGCUAAAAGUGAAAAAAAAGGAGGAUUUACAGGGGUUUUGUUUCAGAUUUGCGAUACCACACCGUUAAUGUGUAGUUCUUACUUGUGUAUUUUUAGAUGUAACUUAUUCAUAUUUUUAAUCCUAUUUGUGUGAAAUUUAGCCUCACUUAUCUACCCGUGGAUCUCAGCGUUUCUGUUUUCAUGAUGCAUUCUCUGGAAAUGUAAUUAUAUGUUACCUACUUUUAUUUCAUCCUUUCUUUCUUUGUUCUCUUAUUUUAUUACAAAAUUUCUAUUUUUCCCCUUCUUGUUAUAGAUGCUUACAACCCAUGGGGUUAAAGGAGAUUGGUAGAUAAGUGAGGCUAGAAAGGAUGGAGUACAGGUUGAGGUCAAAUAUGUUAUCAAUGCAUAAAACCCAUUGAGUGAACUUUGUUUGAAAAAAAUGGCCAAUAUUGCUCUCUUUUUUUCCCGUCGGUUUAGAAAAUAAUCCAGGAUAAUAUUUGACUUGAACCUGUUUGUUGGGGGUGGUUGAUAUUAAUACUUAAAACAGUUUUUCGUUUUGUGCAAUGUAAAAGUCAAUGAUUUGUGUCAAAUUUAUUUUGUUAAAAGAGUUAGUUUUAUUUUAUUUGGUUAUUUUUCAGUUGUCUCCACCGCAUGUUGUGUUCAUUGGCAGAUAAUAUCAAUGUGAAUUCUACCGUAAAUUCCUCCAAAAAAAAUUCUGCUUGAAGAUAAAAUAUUUCCCUUUCCAGUUGCUAACCUGUUUGAGGUACAGGGACAACAAUAGUAUGACACUGUUUGAGUCAAUUGAAUACCGAAGUGCGACGUCAGCUUUCGUUGUUCUGGUUCACUCCGGUUCGCGCGCUGAUGUCUUCACACACUUAAGCUGUGCGCACGGAACAGAAUACGCAGCGCACUUCGCCCUACUUGUGCCAAGAGUAUAGAGGAAAAUGCUAACGCGCAUUCCUGUAGUGGCUGUGGAUAUUUCUCAACACUGGACUAAAAUUGUGUGUAUUCAUUCAUUUAUUAGUUCAAUACGGAGAAUAUCAGUAUCCUGUGUAUUGUAUCCAAGAUAAUGACCAAAAAUGUCUUACCAAAAAAUUGUAUAAUUUACAUCCUUUCUGCCAGUGUGACACAACAUUUACAUUUUCUUCUGUUAUUUUCUCUCUUUCUCGCAUUACUUGAUUCAAAGUAUAUUUUCAUCAAGAUGUUAUUAUUCAUUCUUACGAUAACAAUCAUCAACCAUUCCUUGCUAUUUGUAUAAUCUGACAUUGUAUUCCAGUCAAUCAGGAGAUCAUGAAUUAUUCAUUAAUUAUUGACUACAGUAAUGAAAUACUGACAAAUUAUUUGGGAGAACAUUAAUUAAUUUUGUUAAUAAAUCACAGGGAAAUAUAAUAUCUGUAUAUUAAUAUAUAUGUGUAUAGAUAUAAACAUAACAAAACUGUAGUAUGUACAUAUUAAUGUUUCAUGUGAGAUUAUGAACAUGUAUUGCAGUGAUUGAGCAAAAAAAUGAGUUGUUUGGACCGGGGCAUUAUCAUAUUUGCAUUACUUUUGCAUAUCGUUUACAUAUUUUUGCAUAAACAUUUGCAUGUAAUUUGCAUGUCAUAAUGCCCCAGGUUUGAAUAUGUAAAUUAGCACACUGUGGCUUGGUGUAAGUUGAAAUGUAUAUAUUAGGAGAAUCACUGUUGAUGAUGAAAUUGUUAAAAUAAGUUAUUUUAUCAAGAAACAUGACCUAAUUGUAGAUUAGUGACGACUUAAAACAGAAAAUGAUUUGGCUGUAAUGGUUAAAUAUAGACACACUGUUGAUGGGCCGGCUUCCCAUUAGAAAACCCUUCACUGUGCAUACAUCAAGGCUACCUUUUUAAGAAAACGUGAAUAAUGCAGGAGGUUGUCUAACCCUUGUCCAAUCAGAUGCUAUAGUUGUUAACAUGUGGCAUGAAUAUUUAAUAAGGGUUUUUCCCAGUCGACGGGCAAAUUUUAUCUGGAAACUGAUUUCUUAAAAAAAAUUCCCCUGUUAAGUUUCAAUUCCAAAACAGAUCUUCCAGAAAGACUGUUUGCAGUGCAGUCAUCUAUUGGGUGUGUUCUUUUGCGCCAUAUGAAUAUGCAUUAGAUGACUCUUAUGCAUUCAUUGUUAAUGAAUUAGCAUAACAAAACACACCUUCAAAAAGGUUGCAAAAUGCAGAGUUAAUGUACAUUUACAGCCAACCUCCUAACUUUAAAAAGGUGAUGUUUGACAACUUGUUUUUAAUUGGCUAUGGUUUUCAAAAGAAGCACAACUCAUGCUAGCUGACUGCACACUUUCAAAAUCCAAAACGUAAAAAUUGUGGAAAAAUAAGAAAAAUUUGUACCUGACCUGAUACAUGAAUUUUAUACACGGAGUUUGGGUCCAAAUGCAAUAGUAAACCAGCUUUGUAGCAGACAGUUUAAUGUGCAGUUAUUGUCAUACCUAAAUUGUACAUGUCAAACUAAACAAACUAGAGCAUGGUGUUAUAAUACAGUAUGUCACCGUCUGUACUGUUAGAAAUAAUAAAAGACAAAUAGAGCACGAUAAUAAAAAGAAA